AUGAGGCCGCUUCUCCCGGCCCCGCCGCCGCCGCUGCUGCUACUGGUGCUGCUCGCUCCGCUGCUGACCUGCGCCGCGGCUCAGGGUGGCUACAUCCCGCCUGCUCAGAGCCCGACUACGAACGGAGGCGGCCAGUGCGCCCCGGCCGGAACCCGGACACAGUACAGAACCGAGUUCGUGACCGAGACCCAGUACCAGCAGGUGACCGUGCCGGUGGUGCAGCUGGUCACCAGGACACAGAUCAUCACUCGUCCGGUCCUCUCAGAAGUAGUGCGCACCUCCCUGGUGCUCAGCACGGCUGUGAUACCUCGUGAGGUGCUGCGUACUACCCUACUGGUGCAGCUCGUCACCAGGACACAGACGGUGCCGGGCGCCCGCCGCCGCGUCACCAGCACCACACAGCGCCUAGUGGUGCGCACACAGCUGCUGCAGCGGCUCCGCACUGUUGAAACCACCCUGGUGCGGCCGACGACCAUCCUACGAACGGCGGUAGCCACCAGCGUACAACUGGUGUCAGUGGAUGUUCCGCGUGUCCAGGUGGUGACCCAGCGUCAGCAGGUGGCCGGACCGGUGGUGACGCUGACGCAGACACAGCAGCGGCUGCGCACCAGGCUGGUGACACAGUCAGCGGCACCGGUGGUGAGCACACUGGUGGUGCAGGAUCAGCGCAUCAUCACCAGUCAGGUGGUCGUCCCGGGCGCGGUGCGCACCUCCACACAACUGGUACCUUCCACGCAGGUGAUCCCGGUGCAGUCUGUGGUGCAGGUGCCUCAGGUGGACACAGUCCAGGUGACCGCCACCCGUCAGUUCGAACGCACCCUCUCCCAGACCUUCACAUUGCGUCAGACGGUGGUGCAGGAGGCAGUGAGCACGCGCCUGGUGCCCUCGGAGGUGGUGCAGACACGGGUGGUGCCCGUGACGCGCACCCAGCAGCAGCUGAACACGCGACUGGUGACGGUGCAGCAGCCGGCCGCUCCAGUGACAAGAACCUCGCUCAGCACCCAACUGCAGCUGGUGACGGCGCCCGGGCGGACUGUGGCCGUGACACGCACACAGCUGGUGCAGCAGCUGGUGACACGGGAGGUGGUGCAGACGCAGGUGGUGCCGCAGGUGGUGCAACGGACAGUCACGGUCACCCAGCCCUGCCAGACCGGCGGAGGAAUCGACAUCAGGGGCGGCGGACAGGCGCUCAGACCUGGUCUGGGCGGCGGAGCUAUUAGAGGAGGUGGUAUUAUUGGAGGCGGAAGAGGCGUCAUUGGAGGCGGUAUCGUAGGAGGUGGCGGAGGAUAUGGAACGGUGGCAGCAGCUGCGACGAGCGGUGGUGCCGGCAACCACAAUUAUGGAUGA